GCUACGGAAGUGGGACUUCGUACUCUCCCAAACUCCUCCCUCGUCCGCCGGUCAGAGUGAUAGGAUGGCCGAGAGGACGGCGCAGCUGCUGCUGCUAACCGUGGCAGUAGGGCUCGCGCGGGGCUCCCAGGGCGACCGCGAGCCGGUGUACCGCGACUGCGUGCUCCGGUGCGAGGAACGGAACUGUUCGGGGGACGCGCUGAAGCACUUCCGCUCCAGCCAGCCAAUCUACAUGAGCCUAGCUGGCUGGACUUGUCAGGAUGACUGCAGGUAUGAGUGCAUGUGGGUCGCUGUGGGCCUCUACCUUCAGGAGGGUCACAGAGUGCCUCAGUUUCAUGGCAAGUGGCCUUUCUCCCGGUUCCUGUUCAUCCAAGAACCAGCUUCUGCCGUGGCCUCACUCCUCAAUGGCCUGGCCAGCCUGGUGAUGCUCUGCCGCUACCGUGCCUCUGUGCCAGCCUCCUCCCCCAUGUACCAUACCUGCAUGGCCUUCGCUUGGGUGUCCCUCAAUGCUUGGUUCUGGUCCACAGUCUUCCAUACCAGGGACACUGACCUCACAGAGAAGAUGGAUUACUUCGGUGCUUCAGCUGUCAUCCUGCAUUCUGUUUACCUGUGCUGUGUCAGGACCGUGGGACUUCAGCACCCGUCUGUGGCCAGCGCCUUCGGAGCUCUGCUGCUGCUGCUGCUCACAGCGCACAUCUCUUACCUAAGCCUUGUCCACUUCGACUAUGGCUACAACAUGAUGGCCAACGUGGCUAUAGGCCUGGUGAACCUGGCAUGGUGGCUGGCCUGGUGCCUACGGAACCACCGGCGCCUGCCUCACACUCGCAGGUGUAUGAUGGUCGUGGUGCUGCUACAGGGGCUGUCCUUGCUGGAGCUGCUCGACUUCCCGCCCCUCUUCUGGGUCCUGGACGCCCAUGCCAUCUGGCACAUCAGCACCAUUCCUGUCCACGUCCUCUUCUUCAGGUUUCUGGAAGAUGACAGCUUGUACCUACUGAAGGAAUCUGGAGCCAAGUUCAAGCUGGACUAAAGACCCCGGGAGAGAGCGGGUCUGCCC